CUUUUGUUGAUCCAGACUGCAGCGGCAGAGCUCCUCUCAGGAUCACAUCAUCCACUUUGGGAUGUGAUAUAUUUAAGCCUGUUGCUCAUUUUCAAAAUGGUGACAUUUAAUCAUGUGCUGCUGGCUUUAUGUGCACUGCAUCUGUUCCUGAAUGGCAGCCCAACCGUGAGUGCAUCCAGGAAGCCAUGGACGACUGCUAAUAACAGGAGGGCCAGAGCUGCAACCAGACCAACACCCAUCAACUGUAGAAUGGGGAGCUGGUCGUCUUGGACACCAUGUGAUUCCUGCACAGAUAAAACGUUACGUUUCCGAACCUUGGAGAAACCUGCACAGUUUGGUGGGACAGACUGUGUUGGGGCGUUGUGGGAAAAGCUGGCGUGUCCGAGAGCGACCACGCAGUGUAUGGUCGAGGAUUACUGCGGCGAGAGUUUCACCUGCAAAGAGACAGGACGUUGCGUCAGCCAGUCCCUUCGCUGUAAUGGCGAACCGGACUGUGAGGAUUUCUCAGACGAAGAGCAAUGUGAUCGUGUCAACAGAAGAGAAGACAAGUGUUCAACCCUGAUGGUCAUUCCUGGUGCUGAACGUGGCACACAAGGGUACAACAUCCUAACUGGAGACUUUAUGAAUCAAGUCCUUGACCCUACGUACUUUGGAGGAAAAUGUGAAUAUGUCUAUAAUGGAGAAUGGAGCAAAUUAACAUAUGAAACAUUCUGUGAAAGUCUACAAUACAAUGAGGAUGAGAAAAACUACCGGAAGCCUUACAACUACCACGCCUACCGUUUUGUGGCAGAAGCCACGUCGAAGGGCUCCGAUGAAUACUAUGAAGAUAUGCAGAGCCUCCUGAAGGCGAGGCAGACCAUGUCGUCCUCCAACGCCGGUGUCUCAGUUGGGGUCGCGUUAGUGGAGGUUGGACUGAAAGGGAGUGAAGAAUCAGAGUUUCUCAGGAAUAUCACAAAAUAUCAAAGCCAGGACCUUGGAUUCAUCAGGCUUUGGUCCAAAGUCAAAAGCGCCCAUUUCAAAAUGCGAAGCAACCAGCUCAUGCUUCAUGAAGAUUUCUACGUGGCCCUCAUGGAGCUUCCUGAGCAGUACGAGUUCGGCGCUUACUCCCGCUUCCUCAACACCUUCGGCACCCACUACGUCACUGAGGGGACCAUGGGUGGGACUCUGGAAUACGUCGCCAUCCUAAACAAAAGAGCAAUGGCCGAGUCAAAUAUUGAGUCGAAAAGAUUUCAAAGUUGCUUUGGCGCCUCUCUUGGCAUAACCAAUCCAGUCAGCGAAAGUGCAACCGCAGGUUUCAAGAUUAAAGGGAGUUACUGCGAUAAUAACAAGAACACUUUUAAAGCAAACUCAUCCGAGUCCAGCGUGGUUGAGGACAUUGUCACUCUGGUGAAAGGAGGGAUCACAGAGACUGGCUCAGGACUGCUUGCCAUCAGGAGCCCAGAAACCUACAGAAAGUGGGGCGCUUCUCUCAAAUAUAACCCAGCUUUGACUGAUUUUGAGAUUUUGCCGAUUUCUGAGGCCGUGCGCUCCAGCACGGCUGCCGGCCAUGUGGGGGCCAGGAUAGCCAACCUGGAAAGGGCCACAGAUGAGUAUCUGCAGCAGUUUGACCCUUGUCAGUGCGCCCCCUGCAGGCACAAUGGGAUCCCCGUCUUCUCCGGCACCACCUGCAGCUGCGUCUGUAAGUCAGGCUUCCGGGGCAUGGCCUGCGAGGAGACGCUUCGAAGAGACGCCAAGACUGACGGCUCGUGGUCGUGCUGGGGCUCGUGGUCUUCCUGCUCAUCGGGGACCAAAAGCAGGACAAGGGUCUGCAAUAAUCCUGCACCCGACAUGGGCGGGGCGGCCUGCCUGGGCUCAGCCACUCAGACGCAUCGAUGCUAAAAGGACCGCCCAUUUCCCUCCAGACGGAAGCGAUCGCAGGGAUAACUAGUGCUCGCUGUUGCAUUGUGAAAAUAAAAAUAAAUGAGUUUCGGAGGACUUGUGUACCCAU